CUGGGCUGCGGGCCCCGACACAGGCGGGCGAGCGGGAAGAUCUCUCCGAGGCUCCUCCCGGGUCCGGCCCAGGCCUCCCGCCGCUAGGAGCCUCUGUUUCAUCGUCGGUAAAAUAGGGACGUCACCGUUUGCCGCCUCGAGGGGGCCUGCGACUUAGGAGAGCAGUGAGCGGCCCGCGGAGCCGGGUUCGCUCCGAUCAGGGAGGAUUCGUGGCCGGUGACCCCGGCAUGGUGCUCAAGGCCUUCUUCCCCACGUGCUGUGCAGCGGCGGACAGCGGCCUCCUGGUCGGACGGUGGGUCCCGGAGCAAAGCAGCGCUGUGGUCCUGGCUGUGGUGCAUUUUCCCUUUAUCCCCAGCCAGGUCAAGGAGUUCCUGGCGCAAGUGCAGCAGACCAGCCAGGUGGGCGUGGCCGUGCUGGGGACCUGGUGCCACCGUCGGCAGGAGCCCGAGGACAACCUGGGCCAUUUCCUGGAGGGCCUGAGUGCCAUCUUCUCCCAUGAGCCCUGGCUCCAGCUGUGCCGGGAAAAGGGCAGCACGUUCUGGAGCUGCAAGGCCACGCGCUGGCAGGGGUCCACCUCCCCCGGGGCCCCCAGCGAGGACCAGGUCAUGAUUGUCUUCUACGACCAGCGCAAGGUGCUGCUGUCCCAGCUGCACCCGCCCGCGAUCCUGCCUGACCAGGAGACUGGCGAUGCUGCAGCCGGCGCUGUGGGCCUGGCUGCUGUUUUCCACACGGUGGCUCGCAGCGAGGUGCUCUUCCGAAGUGACCGGUUCGAUGAGGGCCCCGUGCGGCUGAGUCACUGGCAAUCGGAUGGUGUGGAGGCCAGCAUCCUUGUGGAGCUGGCCAAGUGGGCCUCAGGGCCCAUCUGCCUGCUGCUGGCCAGCCUGCUGUCCCUUGUCUCAGCUGUCAGUGCCUGCUGGCUCUUCAAGCUGUGGCCACUGCCCUUCAUCUGGAGCAAGCUCUCCACGUGCGAGCAGCUUCGGUACCGGCUGGAACAGCUCACGCUCAUCUUCAGCCCCCAGAAGGCCGAGAACCCCUCCCAGCGGAUGAGGAAGGCCAACAUGUGUGUUUCCGUGCUGCUCGACGUGGCCCUCGGCCUCACGCUCUUGUCCUGGCUCCACGGGAAAGGUCGCAUUGAGCAGCUGGCCGAUGCCCUCGUCCCAGUGGCUGACCGCGUGGCCGAGGAGCUGCAGCACCUCCUGCAGUGGCUGAUGGGCGCGCCCGCCGGGCUCAAGAUGAACCGGGCGCUGGACCAGGUGCUGGGCCGCUUCUUCCUGUAUCACAUCCACCUGUGGAUCAGCUAUAUCCACCUCAUGUCCCCCUUCAUCGAGCGAAUCGUGUGGCACGUGGGCCUGUCCGCCUGUCUGGGCCUGACGGUCUCCCUGUCCAUCCUGUCGGAUAUCAUCGCCCUCCUCACCUUCCACAUCUACUGCUUCUACGUCUACGGCGCCAGGCUGUACUGCCUGAAGAUCUGUGGCCUGUCCUCGCUCUGGCGCCUGUUCCGGGGGAAGAAGUGGAAUGUUCUCCGCCAGCGGGUGGACUCUUGCUCCUACGACCUGGACCAGCUGUUCAUCGGGACUCUUCUCUUUACCAUCCUGGUCUUCCUGCUGCCGACCACGGCCCUGUACUACCUGGUCUUCACCCUGCUCCGGCUCCUGGUGAUCACCGUGCAAGGCCUGAUCCAUCUGCUGGUGGACCUCAUCAACUCCCUGCCGCUGUACGCACUCGGCCUCCGGCUCUGCCGGCCCUACCGGCUCGCAGCUGGCGUGAAGUUCCGAGUCCUGGAGCAAGAGGCUGGCAGGCCCCUCCGCCUCCUGAUGCAGAUAAACCCCCUGUCCUAUGGCCGCGUGGUGCACACUUACCGCCUCCCCCGCUAUGGCUGCCACCCCACGCACUCCUGGGGCUCCCUGUGUCGCAAGCUGUUCUUCGGGGAGCUCAUCUACCCCUGGAGGCAGAGAGAGGACAAGCAAGACUGAGGGACCACGGCCACCAGCCCGCCCAUCGUCACCGCUCGGCCAUGGUCUGCCCUCCACCACGCCAAGUCCUCUGGCGUUGACUGUCGGGCAGUACGUGGCCCUGCUCUCUGCCCUCCUUGCCCCGGCAUCUGGGGCCUCCAUAGGUCCUGCAGGGCCCUCCCUGUUGCAUCUCCUCCGGACUCCGAGGUUGAAGUCAAGGUCAUAGGGGUGGUGAGCAGGAGGCUGGGGGUGGUGGCCGGCAGGUCAGCCUGCCUGUGCUCCAUCUCGCACCGUUUGCCUCAGGACCCACCUCCGAUCUGUUGCCUGAUGCCCACCAGCCCCACAGGCCUGCCAAGGGUCCCUCUGGCCCCCACUCAGGCCCCGACCUGCCCGGGGAGGGUUUUCAGAGCUUAACCUCUGCUCACCAUGCCCUUUCCCAGUGGGGUGAGCUGGCGGGUCACCCGGCCAUGCGGUAGGUGGGGGGACCCCUCCCAGAAUGCUCUCCGCAGUCCUUGACUCCCAAGCACCCUUCCUUGUGUUGUGGGUGGACGUACCCUUUCCGUAAACGUCGGAGGCCAUGUCUGCUGUAACCCGGAGUCCAGGGAACGGCCACGCCCCUGGGGAGAACGUGCCCCGAGGAAACGCACAGGCAGGAACUGCAGGGUUCCCAGUGGCCCUGCCCAUACCUGGCUAGCCUCUGCCCUCGACGGUCCCAGCCUUCUGCUUCUCCAGAGGGCCGGGAGGACACCAGGAGAGCCUCGCACUGAAUCGGCUGGUGAGGAAGGCCCAGGCGCUCACCAGCUGCUGCUCACCAGCAGAGGGACCUGCUCCUUAGGGCACCUCCCCUGCACCAGCCGCCCCUGGAGCCACACUGUGCAAAGACUGUGUGUGUGGGGCUCGCUGCCACCCCUGUAAAAGCUGUCUGCAGCUUUGGGGUGGGGGUCACUGGGUGUGUUGCCCAUCCCGGGGUCUGCUCUCUGUGAAGACCACCUGUUGCUCAAGGCAUGGUGCACACGCAGUGACCCCUUGGAAGGAAAGUCCUUGCCACCCAUUCCUCGCUCGCUGGACAUAUGGGCCCACCAGGCCGUCCUCGGAGUGACACACGGGUGUGGUUGCUGUGAUGACAUGCGUGUUCCCUCGGCACAGAUCUGCUCUUCAGGAAGCCCUGACUCUCGUGUGGCUUCUCCCUCGCACGGACCGCUCUGCGCCUGGUCACGCGAGGGCUGCGCUUGGCUCCAUUCUGACAACUUAUUUUUCUGAUGUGUUAUUUUUUUAACAGCUUUAUUGAGGCAUAUCUUACAUAUCAUAAAGUUCACCCAUUUUGAGUGCACAGCUGAUUUGUAGUAACUUUACCAAGUAGAAUGACCAUCACCAGUUUUAGAACAUUUUUAUCACCCCAGAAAGAAAUCUGUACCCCUUUAGUCAUUACCAUUUUCCCCUACCCCAGGCCCUGGCAACCACUAAUCUACUGUCUGGAUUUGCCUAUUCUGGACAUUUGUCAUAAAGCGAAUGUAGCACUUAUCAGUACUUUAUUCCUUUUUUUAUUUUUAAAUUUAUUGGGGUGACAAUUGUUAGUGAAAUUACAUAGAUUUCAGGUGUACAAUUCUGUAUUACAUCAUCUAUAAAUCCCAUGGUAUGUUCACCA